AUGGCUAGUUACGCUAACGAAGACUUUAUAGUUGAAGAAUUAGUUGGUAAACAGGGAAUAUCAUCUCCUGUCUAACAGUCUUAGAAAGUAAGAAUAUCUUCUUCGCAUCAAGGACCUGAAAAAUCUGAAAUGAGAAACUCAUUAGCAGAUAAAUUCAGCUUAAAGGAUUAAACUCCACAAUUAUAAUCUUCCAUAGCAAUCUAAAAAUUAUUAGGUAUUACUCCAGCAGGCAAUAACGCUGGACAAAUCAACACAGCAACUUACACUUCGUAAAUCUAAACAGCUAACACUCCUGUUCCAUCGUAUACUAGCCCUUCUGGAUUAUACGGAGGAGUUACGGAAAAUUAUAAUGCAAAUAGUAAUGUGAAUCCUUCUUCUUUAAGUGGGUAGUAUUCUACAAAUAUAUAAGGUUAUGAUUACAAAUAUGAUAAUUAAUCAAAUAUACCUAACUAUAAUAGCAAUUCUUCAAGUGGCUUAACAGGUUUAGAUGCAAAAAGUGAUUCAAAAAUAAAUUAAACUUCAGGAAAUUAAGCAAUAGCAUCUUACUAUUCAGCCAUACCAUCAAGUUUAAAUAAUAAAUCUGAUAUAAAAACAACUACAGUUACUACAAUCACAAACAAUAAUUAUGCUACUAGUAUUUAAGACUACAAGCCAUAUGUGCCUUCUUCUACAUAAGCAACUAUUGGCACAAAUUUUUCAACUUCUCCUUAUGUUCCCUUAUCAAGUACAUAUCCUGCACAAAAUUACAGUGUUAGGGCUAGCUAAGAGUAUUUCCCAAUAACGGAUAGUAAGUAACUUAUAAAAGACUCUAAUCAAACAAAAGGUAGUGCAAUAGUUGAAAAAAUAGAUUAAUUAAAUCCAAAAAAUUAGGAUAUUUAUGGAUCACUUCAAGUAAAUAAUCAAUUAAAGUAUGGUGGCUCAAUUAGUGGAGUAAAUUCUAUUAGAGACACUUUAAUUCUUUAAAAUUAGAAUUUAACAAGCAAUGUGAAAGACAGCAUCACUAUCAAUCCUUCAUUGUUUGCAAAUUAAUUUUCUAACUCACCUAAAAAUUAGGAUGAUAAAGCUACUUAAGACUAAUAUAAAAUCUAAAGUGUUUUAAGUAAAUUCGCCUCUUAUCAGCCUACUCCACAAGGUGCUCGUACUUCAGGAUUGAAAAACUCAACUUCUUAAUUGAACAUAGCUGCAAAUUACCCUUCAAUUCCAAAUGAAACAGUAGAAGAGACCAUCAAAAGAGCCAAUAACACCUUAAAAUCAUCUCUGCUUAAAUCUUCUUCAACAAAAAAUUUAAGUAGUAACUUCAACACAAAAGAAUUGUCUGCAUACGAUUAAGGUCCUUCUUCUUAUAAUUAUUAAUUUUAACAGAAGCCAAUAGAAAUAAAAUAAAAUGAAAAGCUCUACACAAAAGAGUCAGUAAUCUAAGAUUUUGUUCCCCCUUCUUAAACUUAUCAAGCUCCAUAAUAUCAGCUUGAAGAUUACUCAUCUAAAUACAAAGUUAACACCAAAGAAUCUGUUAUUUAAGAUUUUGUGCCUUCUAAGCUUUUCUCAGCUUAAAAUUAGUAAAUUGAUACAAAUAAAUAGAUCAAUACUGAGUAAUUAAAUACUAAGUAAUCAGAAAUAUAGGACUUUGAUCCCUCUAGAAACCUCUAGCCUUAAUCAUAUGAAAAUAAAGUAUAUCAGUAUGAUUCUUAAUAUCAAAAUUAUAAUAUUCCUUCUUCAAGUGUUAAAACUAGCUCAUUUGCAAAAGCUAAUCCUUUAACUACUAAAAAUUAAGCUGAAAAUAGUAGAGUAUCUAGUUUUCAUAAACCAUCUAACAGCAUUUCAUAGUCGCCUAUUAGAGAAAAUCCUCCUAGCUUUUAAGCAAAUAUGUUUAAUACAACUCCAUCAAAAUUUGAUUAGUUAAGAAUCAUUUCGACUAUAUAAGCUGGUGCUUUUUCUACUAAUUGGUAGUAAAUAAUACAAAAAGGAGAAAAAGAUGGCAUAGAAUUCAAUGACUCUGAAUUUCCAGCUACAUUAGCUAAUAUUGGAGGAAAAUACCCUGAUGUUGUUUCUUGGCUACGUCCCAGAGAUAUUUUUAAUACGGGAUAUGAAGUAUUUGUCAAAGGUAUAGAUCCAACCACAUUAAUUUCAGGUGAUUUAGGUGAUUACUAUUUUUAAGGUGCUGUGAGUGCUUUAGCUGAAAGAGAUUAUAGCAUAUUGAAGUUAUUCCAAACAAAGUCAGUCAAUAAAGCUGGAUGUUAUGUCCUAAAUAUAUGUUGGAAGGGUGUUUGGACUUCUGUUAUACUGGAUGAUAAAUUCCCAACAAAAGGUAACAAAUAAAUUUGCUUUACCCGCUCCUCAAGCAAUGAAUUAUGGGCUAUGCUACUAGAAAAGGCUUGGGCAAAACUACAUGGUAGUUAUGCUAAAAUAGAUGGAGGACUAGUAAGAGAAGUAUUACAUGACUUCACAGGAGCUCCUUGUAGGAAUUUCUUUACUUCAGGUGAAGGAUUUUUGAACAGAUAAUUGCUUUGGUAAAAAAUAUAAUAUGCAGAGGAUAAAGAUCUUAUUGUACUCGCCUCUUGUAUGGAUGAUUUGUUGAGUGCAGAAUAAGAAGAAAUUAAAGAUCUAUUUGGAAUAGAUAAUGUCCAUCCUUACACUAUUCUAGGAACAAUUUGCUUGAAAUAUUAAAACAAAGACUAUAAAUUUAUAAAAUUAAGAAAUACAUAUGUCAAGCAAGAAUGGUAGCCAAUGAGUGAAGACAAAUAUUUCAAUAAAUUGCCUUAAGAAGUUAUAAAUCAGUUAAGCUACGGUGGUAGAUGCACAAGAGAGGGUUUCUUCUUAAUGGAAUAUGAAUUUUUCUAUAAGUUCUUUACUGAUGUUUAAAUAUGCUAUUAAUUUUUAGGCUACCAAUACACUGGCGAAAAGCUCUGCACAAUGACAGCUUAAAAGAAUUACUUUAAAUUAUAAAUAAGCUAGGCUGGGUACUACUUCUUUUAGGUUUCCUAGCAAUCAAUAAGAACUGAGAGAAUCUCAGAUUAAAUGUCUACAACUGAGAGAGAUUACUAUUCUCAAGUUUAUUUAGUAGUAGCACCUGAAAGUAAUCCCUCUUAACCAGUAGUCGCUGUUAAAGGUAAUUAAAGAGAUCUUACCUCAUUUAAUUACAUAGAUAAUCCUACCUAUUUACCACAAGGAGAAUAUCUUGCAUUUAUUGAAGUUGACUGGAAGAGUAGCUAAAGUAGCUCAGGUAAUUGCGGUUUUGGAGCAUAUGGUUCUAAUUACAUAGAAAUCAGAGUAUCUAAUAGCAAUUAAUGCUAAGAAUUCGCUAAUUAUGUCGAUAAAAUUUUAAAUGAUAGUAGCAAAUGGGAGUAAGUAUGA